GAGGGGAGGAGCCUCCGCCGCUGCCACCGCCGCGGCCUUGGUCUGUGAGGAAGGGCCUAGGCCCGGGUGGCGGGACUUGCAGAGAGCCGGGGCUCGCUUUCUGCCGUCCCCUCUGCCGUAGCUUCUACCAUCUCCUUUUCUCAGCGGGCUAGGCGCAAGGAAGACCUGCCGGAGCCAUGGAGGACGAGGUGGUCCGCAUUGCCAAGAAGAUGGACAAGAUGGUGCAGAAGAAGAACGCGGCUGGAGCAUUGGAUUUGCUGAAGGAACUUAAGAAUAUUCCCAUGACCUUGGAAUUAUUACAGUCCACAAGAAUCGGAAUGUCAGUUAAUGCUAUUCGUAAGCAGAGUACAGAUGAAGAAGUUACAUCGUUAGCAAAGUCUCUCAUCAAAUCCUGGAAAAAGUUAUUAGAUGGACCAUCAUCUGACAAAGACCCUGAAGAAAAAAAAAAAGAACCUGCAAUUACAUCGCAGAAUAGCCCUGAAGCAAAAGAAGAAAGUAGCUCCAGUGGCACCAUAAGCAGCAGAAAGGAUGAGACAAAUGCUCGAGAUACUUACGUUUCAUCUUUUCCUCGGGCACCAAGCACUUCUGAUUCUGUGAGGUUAAAGUGUAGGGAGAUGCUUGCUGCAGCUCUUCGAACAGGAGAUGACUACAUUGCUAUUGGAGCUGAUGAGGAAGAAUUGGGAUCUCAAAUUGAGGAAGCCAUAUAUCAGGAAAUAAGGAAUACAGACAUGAAAUACAAAAACAGAGUACGAAGUAGGAUAUCAAAUCUUAAAGAUGCAAAGAAUCCAAAUUUAAGGAAAAAUGUACUAUGCGGGAAUAUUCCCCCUGACUUAUUUGCUAGAAUGACAGCAGAGGAAAUGGCUAGUGAUGAGCUGAAGGAGAUGCGGAAAAACUUGACCAAAGAAGCCAUCAGAGAGCAUCAGAUGGCCAAGACGGGUGGAACCCAGACUGACUUGUUCACAUGUGGCAAAUGUAAAAAGAAGAAUUGCACUUACACACAGGUACAAACCCGUAGUGCUGAUGAACCAAUGACAACAUUUGUUGUCUGUAAUGAAUGUGGAAAUCGAUGGAAGUUCUGUUGAGUUGGAAGAAUUGGCAAAAUGUCUGGACCAUUAAGAAAAUGGAUUUUGUAAUUAGCUUUAAAACUAGGCCAAGCAACUAGUAUUCCUGCAUAUCAGAUUUUUAAAACAACAUAUAUUCCUUGGAUUAGUCUUUGUUUUUGACCUAACACCACUUCUAUAAAUGCCUUCUAUAGUUUCAGAUCAGUAGGGACACCAGUAAUAAUUGUGUAUUUCAAAACGUUUCUUUUUGUUUCUGUAAGUUGGUAUUAAACUUUGAUCAGUUAAACUUUACAAUAUAUUUUAUUUUUUUCUUCUUAAAGGAAAAUGUACCUUAACUGUUUUUAUAGCGUGAAACAUACACAGUAGAAAUCCUCUGUUAUUAAUGCAUAAAUGGAAGUUACAUUUUUUCCCACAUUGGCAUGUAUCUACAAAUAUAAAAGGAGGAGAAAGGUGAUGUCAUUUUAGGUUUACAAACAUGGUGUGUAUUCAAAUAGUACUUGACCAGCCUAUCUAAAUUGUACAUAAUAUUUGAUCUAGUAUAUGAAUUUGAUUUUAAUUAUUAUGUUCACCAACCUGGGAUAUUAGGUAUUAUUUUGUUUCUGUAACUAACCAUGAUCAUCAUUUCUUGUAAUGUCUUGUACGUGCAUAUUACUUGUUCUAAAUAGAUUUUACUUUCGGAAACAUGACUGUUGAAAUCAGUUUGGUUUUGUUGUUUAUUUACCUAUCUGACUUUGUA